AUGCGGUCCAUCCGGAGCCGGCACGCGCGCUGCGACGAGGUCGAGGACGCCGAGGUCUGCCGAAUCGACUACAGCGGCCUCGACGAGGACGAGGACGCGCGGGCUGCCCUCCCGCGCGCGGGCGCCGGCGCGCCCGCGGGACCGCCCGCCGCCGACCCGAGCCCCGCCGACGAGGCCGGAGCCGCGCGGGCCCCGAGGCCCGAGGCCUCGCGCCGCGAGGCGAAGCUCCGCCGCGAGGCCGCGAGACGCGAGGCCGCCGCGCUCGAGGCCGCGGCCGCGGAGAGGGCCGACGCCGCCGCCGCGGCGCUCCUCAGCGAGCUCGACGCCGAGGCGCCGCGCAAGGGCAAGAAGAAGGCCAAGAAGCCCAAGGCGCGGCCCCGGGGGAACAGCGACGCGACGACGAGCGACAGCGUCGCCGAGGCCGACGACGCGCCCGCGGCCGCGCCGCUCCCGCCGCCGCCGCCGCCGCGGCCCGCCGUCGUCGACGACGACGACCUCCUCCGCUGCCGCCGCCCGCCGCCCGUGCAGGUGCGGCGCAACCCCUUCGAGGCCCUCGCGACGUCCGCGAGCCCCGGGAGCGUGACGUCGUCCCCGAAGGGCAGGCAGUCGCCCCUGUCGCCGCGGAACGCGCGGCCGCGGCGGCGGCCGAGCCUGCGAGGCGUGGCGAACCCCUUCGCGGCGGCGGGCUCCCAGGGCUCGCCCCAGCCCGCGUCGCCCGCGCGGCGCCGGUCGUUCCGGGGCAGCCCGGAGCUCCGGCGGCCGCGGCCGAAGCAGUCGCCGCCCUGCCACGCGCCGAAGCAGCCGGAGCCGACGCCGCCCUGCCACGCGCCGAAGCAGCCGGAGCCGACGCCGCCCUGCUACGCGCCGAAGCAGCCGGAGCCGCCCUGCUACGCGCCGAAGCAGCCGGAGCCGACGCCGCCCGCGCCGCCGCCGCCGCCGGACACGGGGCUCGACGACGCGGGCGUCGCCGCGCUCCUCGACAGGCUGGACCUGAGUCGCUUCCGGGGCACGUUCGCGGACCACGAGAUCGACGACGCCUCCCUCGCCCUGCUCACGGCGGAGGACCUGUGCUCCAUGGGCAUCCCCACGGGCCCGCGGAGCCGCCUCCUCGCGGCGCUCGCGCGACGGCGGCCCGCGGCGCCGCCGCCGCGCGACGAGCGCGCCGACGCGUCGUCGCCGCCCAUCAGCUGGCACUGCCCCAUCGGCCUGGAGCUCAUGCGCGACCCCGUCUUCACGGCCUGCGGCAACACGUUCGAGCGCGCCUGCAUCGCCGAGUGGCUGCAGCACAACGACACGUCGCCCGUCACGGGCGAGCCCCUCCCCCACAAGCACCUCGUCACGAACCAGGUGAUGAGAAGCGACAUCGCCGAGUGGCUCCAGCGCAACGCCUAG